AUGGAUGAUCUGACAUGGCUUAACGAGCUCUAUUUGCACACAGUUCCAUCUGUCAUGCUUGGUGCUUCCGGUAAAUGUGUCCAGUUUGAAGCAUGCAACUUGCACAUCCAAUAUAGAUAUAUGCAUGCGCAUUUCCGCAUACAUGGAUGUUUAUGUUGUGUCGGUGGAUUGUGGGGGGGUGGAGGGUGGGGGGUGUAUACGUGUGUUACACGUGAGAACGUGUGGAUGCAUGGAUGGGUAAUUGUCGAAAUUGAAUGCAAAUUCAGUAGCAGUUGUAUGGCUUAUAUGAUAGGUACCAUUGAGUGUCAAUAG